AUGGUUAGAGAAGCAAGGGGUGGAUGGCAGAAGCCGUGUGGAGGAUUUCUCAAAAUUAAUGUGGAUGGAGCAUGGAAAUGGAAGACUAGAUUGGUGUUCAAGCCCCAUGGUUGCAGAGGCAUUAGCUGUUCGAAUGGGGUCGAACUAGGCCAAAAUCUGGGAUUGAGGAAUGUGCUUAUAGAAGGUGACUCACAAGCGGUUAUCAAUAUGAUUAACGGUCUGGCAGUGGUGAACCAAGAAGUGAAGAUUAUUAUUGACGGUAUCAAGGUUUUGAGUAGAUAUUUUGCUUCUUGUAUUUUCUCUUAUAGACAUAGAUCCUCCAAUUCAGUUGUGCAUUUGUUGGCUAGUAAGGGUUUAAUUGGGUUGGGGUAUAGUCGUUGGACUGAGUCGCCUCCAAUUUGGCUUCUUGAUCCCAUGUCUAGGGAUGAAGUUUCUUCUUGA